AAACAACGUGUCGUGAAAAUUUAUUAUUUUGGUUUCAAAAUAAAUCAUUUCACAGCACAUUUUGUGACAGUUUCGUGCUUAUUCUAUUUAAAAUAAGCACUCAAAAUGGUGCGACAUAAUAAUCAAUUGCCGGAUAAUUUGCCUCAGCUGCAAAACUUGAUAAAACGAGAUCCCGAAUCAUACAAAGAUAACUUCUUGCAACAAUAUCGUCAUUAUGAGAGCGUGUUGGAAAUCUUCAAGUUGUCGCCCGACAAGGAAAACAAAAAGUUGGAUGAGCUCGUGAUGUUUUUAGCACAGGUUGCUCAAUGCUAUCCGGAAGAGCUGAAAAUGUUCCCUCAGCAACUUGUCGAGUUAUUACGUUCACAUUCAACGAAUUUGGAUCCCGAUAUGCGAAAUACUUUUUGUCGUGCCUUGAUUUUGUUGCGUAACAAACAACUCGUAUCAGCUUUGGAUCUUCUUGAAUUAUUCUUUCAGUUGUUAAAUUGUCAAGACAAGAAUUUGCGAAGUUUUUUGGAGACACACAUCAUUACAGACAUCAAAAAUAUGAAUGCCAAACAUAAGGAUAUGAAGCUAAAUUCAACGUUACAGAAUUUCAUGUUCUCACAACUCAAAAAUGCCAUGCCAAAAGCUGCGAAAAUGUCAAUUGACAUUAUGAUUGAAUUGUACAAGAAGAAUGUUUGGAAUGAUGCAAAAACGGUAAAUGUUAUUGCCACAGUUGGAUGUUUUUCGAAAUGCACCAAAGUUCAAGUUGCGUCGUUGAAGUUUUUCCUUGGGCAUGAUAAAGAAGAAGAAGAGGAAUCGGAUGACAGUGAAAAUGAACCUGAUUUGAAAAGUGCUAUUAUGGCGAAUCGCGUGAAUAAAAAGACAAAAAAACGUCAAAAGCAACUCGAUUCGGCGAAAAAGUUGUUCGUGAAGGCACAAAAGAAGAAAAGGAAAGCUGAAGUGUUCAACUUUUCCGCCGUACAUUUGAUUCACAAUCCACAGGGAAUGGCAGAGAAUCUUUUCAAACAACUUCAAAGCACAAACGAACGUUUUGAGGUAAAACUCAUGCAUCUGGAUGUCAUUUCACGUCUCAUUGGUAUCCACGAACUCUUUUUGUUCAGUUUCUAUCCAUACAUCAUGCGAUUUAUGCAACCGCAUCAACGCCAAGUUACGAGAAUUUUGCAAUUUGCGGCUCAAGCAUCUCACGAAUUAAUUCCUCCGGAAAUUAUUGAACCUCUUAUCAAAACGUUAGUCAAUAAUUUCGUUACAGAACGCAAUUCAAGCGAUGUUAUGGCAGUUGGUUUAAAUGCAGCACGUGAAAUUUGUUCUCGUUGUCCUCUUGCAAUGAGCGAAGAUCUUUUACGGGAUCUUGCGUUGUACAAAAAUUACAAAGAAAAGUCAGUUGUAAUGGCAGCGAGAUCGUUAAUUGCAUUGUACAGAGAACAACUUCCCGCAUUGUUACACAAAAAGGAUCGAGGACGCCCGACAGAAGCACAAGCUGAAUUAAAACCGAAGAAAUAUGGAGAAAUUCAAGCGGUAGAAACCAUUCCGGGAGCAGAAGCAUUGUUGAAAGCUGCUCCUGAAGUAACUGUCAAAGAAAAGGGCUCAAAGAAACGAAAACGCGAAGAUGAUGAUGAAUGGGUUGAUGUUAGCGACGAUGAUGGAGAAGAUUUUGGAAGCGAUUUCGAAACUUGUUCAGAUGAAGAAGACGAAAAUGAUGAAAAUGAAGAAGAAAACGAUUCUGAAGACGAAGAAAAUUCUGAAGAAGAAGAAGACAAAGAUUCAGAAGAGGAAGAAAACGAAUCAGAAAAAGGAGAAAAAUCUACUGAAGUCACUGUCGAUAAAGAAAAGGAAAAUUCCGGCGUUCAAAUUCUCGACGAAAAGGAAGCAGCAAAAGAAAUUGCUCUCACACGUAUUUUCACGGAUGAGGAUUUCGCAAGAAUCGAAGCAGAGCUUGUGAAGAAAAAGGUAACAAAUGCUCGUAAACGCCCAUUGGAACAAGAACGUCAGGAAUUCGUCAAGUUAGAUGACAUCGAAAUGAUUUACAAGAAACGUCGCACAGAUAAACAAGCUCGAUUGGAGAGCAUGCAAAAAGGUCGAGAAGGCAGAGAGAAAUUCGGAUACAAAGAUGGUCGUUUGAAUAUCCAUUGCUCGAAGACAAAUCGUGAGAAACGCAAGAACAAGAACUUCCAGAUGAUCCGACACAAAGAACAUCGCAAGAUAAAGAGUAGUUUCCGUGAUAAGCAACUUAAACUGAGAAAGCAUUUAAUGAACCAAAAGAAAAUGCGAUAAAAAUUGUUACAGAAUAGGACGUAAUUUUAUCUUGUUCGAGUUUUCGUUGAAACGUUCAACCAAACAAGAUUCUACCAAUAUUUUUACAAUUUCCUCAUUACGUUGCGUCACGUCGAUAAACUUAUCAACAUCUUCGAAGUGCGCGUCGAAUAACUCCUGCAAAAAUAAAAUAAAUAAAUUUUUAUUUAUUUAAACAAAA